CUUAUUAUAGGUUAGCCGCAUUAAACUAGUAUUUUCAAUUAACUAAUUUUAUUAUUUUUAACUUGUAUAUCUUAAAACACAACGUCUAAAAUUACGUAACAGCUUAUCUAGUAACAUACUCGUACAUUUCCUACUCAACGCAUUGACAUGCGUAGUUACAUCAGUAAUUAACCUAACUGUUACGGUGCUUCGAAUAGUUUGAACCAAAGUUUAAUUUAAAAUCUCCAUUUACAAUGGAUGCUAAUUAUGAUAAGAGAAUCGCAGAGCUCAAGAGUAAGAUAAAGAGCUAUCCAGACUUCCCUAAAAAGGGUAUCCUCUUCUGGGACAUAUUCUCAGCCAUAUCCGAUGGCGCCACAUGCCGGUUACUCCAGGGCCUGCUAGCCGACACAGUCCGCAGCAGGUUUCCAGAUAUAGAUGCAGUAGUGGGGCUGGAGUCCCGGGGCUUCCUGUUCGCGUUCUCGCUAGCUGCGGAGCUUGGGGUGGGGUGUCUGCCCGUGCGGAAGAAGGGCAAGCUGCCAGGAGAUGUGGUGUCGUAUAAAUAUGAUUUGGAGUAUGGAUCAGAUAUUCUGGAGAUCCAGAAGGACUCGGUCCGUCCCAGCCUCAAGUGCCUCAUCGUAGAUGACCUCAUUGCCACUGGCGGCUCCCUGUCUGCGGCUGUGAGUCUCCUCAAGACCACAGGAGCUGAGGUGUCCGGAUGCUUGGCGGUUCUGGAGUUGGUGUCGCUAAAUGGUCGCAAAAACAUUCCUCAAGGUAUACCUGUGCAUUCUUUGAUCAAGUAUGAUUAGCAUUUAAUAAGGGAGUAUUUAAACUGUUAAUAAGAACAGCUAGAUAGGCCUAACUAUAGCUAUCAGGAUAUUUAUUAUGUAUAUAUGUACAUACAUGUUUUGAUUGUAAAUCAAAUGUUUGUAUACCAAUCCAACUAUUCCAUAUGGGGUUCGAAUUGAGCUGCAACAAAAGCAUUUCGAAAUAUUUUUAUUAUAACUUAUAGAGAUAACAUAUAUUAUACAAAAUAGUGAUUAAUACUUUCACGAUUUUUACUCAUUAUUACAACGACGGGACUUAAUUUUGCGUAAAACGACGUUGUGAAUAAUAAUGAGAUAAGUUGUUCCCAUAAUAUAGCUUUUUGUUUUACUAAUCACAAUAUUUUACAAGAGAAACACUCCUUUUACUAAUUAUAAGUAAUAUUAUGUAGAUAGAUAUAUACACACUGCAGUGUUGCGCGGCUUUCAUUACGAACUUGGCCCGACACACUGCCGUGUCUCGAUCCAAAAUUGAAUGUAAUCAUGUUAAAUAGUAUUAAUGUUAGGGAUGCUUAUUUAAAAUAAGCAAAGUUUUAAGUGCAAAGUGCAACUAAGUACAUCUGUAAAAUAUAUUUAUCAAGGAUUAGAAAAUUACUAACUACCUAUGCCACUAUUAAAGUUUAUAAAACAAAAGGUUAAGAAUUAUGGCUGUCUGUCAGAGGGCUGUGCUCUAUCUAUAAACCAUUAUAACGGUUAAAAUUGCAAAGUGUGUAUUUUUACCACUUACUGUCCCUAAAACAAAUAAUGAUGAACAAUAUCAAUAAUUAAAAGUGGUGCCAAUAUUUUAUUGCGUCGAAAUGGCAUGAUUUUUUUUUACUGCUAAAUUUUGUACAAUGGUAUGACCCUUCGUGUGCAUAUCGGCCUAGCGCCGUGCUCGUUUUUUAAGUAAGUAUUGUAGGUUCAAUUGUGAUUUAAAAAUCUCAUCAUUCCUAUUGCUACCUAAUAAUUUAAGUACAUAUUGUACCUAUAAGGAAGACGAUUUAUUAAAUAAAAUAUUUGUAUUGUUUUAA